AUGCCAGCCCCCAGAUUUGCUCUCCUCUGGCACACAAAGGGUUAGUAGCUGGAGGCAGUGGCUGGGAGUAUGAAGUGUAGGAGUGCAUCCACCAGCAGCAGCUCAGGCGUGAGGAAUUGGAACACUUGUCAGAAGACAUGAUCUGAGAUCUCACCUGGGACCUCUUCUUCCCAGCACCUGUAUGAGGACCCUUCAUGUUCUGCAUUCCAAGGAGCAGCAACAGCAGCAGGAACAGCAGUAACAGCAGCAUCAGCAGCAGCAGCAGCAGCAGCACAUUGGUGAUGUGGAGGAUGCAGCACUGAGAGGGAAGCAGGUGCUAGCAUUUGACUUGCUUUAGUGGAGAUCAGUGUGCAGUGUGCUGAGAAGCCCCUCAGAUGUCUCCUCCUCCCACCCCAACCAGGCUCUGGUGAUCUCUGACUAGAGGAUUCAGCAGUGGGGGUACAUGGGUGCCCAGACCCUAGGAGUCUAAUUCAUGGGGAUGUUCUUCUGCAUCUGAGCCAAGAGGUGGAGGAUACAAGGAAAAGUGAUCCCCUUGGAGCUGCUCUCUCCUUCUUUAAGGUAAUGGUUGGAUGUUGGUUGGUCUUCACGGAGGGUCUACGGUGAUCAUUGGUCAAGCAUCGAAUGGUGGGAUAUAAUGCAUGGAGGAAUCCCAAACCAAUAGUAGAAGACAAAGAGCAUUGAAUUUUCUUGCUUUCAUAAUGUUGUCAUCCCAAGCCUAAAUUGUGACCUACAAUGUUCCCUUACAUCUGGUUGGUUCUUCUGCUCUUAAAGGAAGAUGGCGUUGGAAAUGUUGGGCUUAUGGUAUUGGCACAAACCAAUGAAAGAAGGGUGGUGGCCUAUAUGCCGGGGGACAUUGUUAUUGGGGCCCUGUUUUCCGUCCACCAUCAGCCAUCCGUCGAGAAGGUUCAUGAAAGGAAAUGCGGAGAGGUACGGGAACAAUAUGGCAUACAACGAGUGGAAGCCAUGCUGCACACCCUCGAUAGGAUCAACGCAGACCCCAAUCUGUUGCCAAACAUAACCCUUGGAUGUGAGAUCCGUGAUUCCUGCUGGCACUCUGCGGUGGCUUUAGAACAGAGUAUUGAGUUUAUAAGAGACUCUCUUAUUUCGUCUGAAGAAGAAGAAGGUUUAGUCCGUUGCGUCGAUGGUUCCUCAUCAUCAGUCCACUUGAAGAAGCCCAUAGUUGGAGUUAUCGGGCCCGGCUCAAGCUCUGUGGCUAUUCAAGUUCAGAAUUUACUGCAGCUUUUUAAUAUACCUCAAAUUGCUUAUUCGGCAACAAGCAUGGACCUCAGUGACAAAACCCUGUACAAGUAUUUCAUGAGAGUAGUACCUUCUGAUGCCCAACAAGCAAGAGCCAUGGUGGAUAUUGUCAAAAGGUACAACUGGACUUAUGUUUCUGCAGUGCACACCGAAGGUAACUACGGAGAGAGAGGCAUGGAAGCUUUUAAGGACAUGUCGGCCAAAGACGGGGUCUGCAUCGCUCACUCGUACAAGAUAUACAGUAACGCCGGAGAGCAGAACUUUGAUAAACUGUUGAUGAAAUUACGGAGUCAUCUUCCCAAGGCCCGAGUGGUGGUGUGCUUCUGCGAAGGAAUGACCGUCAGGGGACUUUUGAUGGCUAUGAGGCGUCAGGGCAUUAAUGGGGAGUUCCUUCUUCUGGGGAGUGAUGGCUGGGCCGACAGGUACGAUGUGACAGACAGUUAUCAGCAAGAGGCUGCCGGAGGAAUAACCAUCAAACUGCAGUCUCCUGAUGUGAAAUGGUUUGACGAUUAUUACCUGCAGCUACGGCCGGAGACCAAUCUCCGCAAUCCCUGGUUCCAGGAGUUUUGGCAAAACAAGUUCAAGUGCAAAUUAAAAGGAUAUUCACAGGACAACCAGAUCUACAACAAGACCUGCAGCGCUCGAUUGAAUUUAAACCAUCAAUACACACAAGACUCCAAAAUGGGAUUUGUUAUUAAUGCAAUAUACGCCAUGGCCUAUGGCCUCCACAAUAUGCAGGUGUCUCUGUGUCCCGGAUAUGCCGGCCUUUGUGAUGCUAUGAAGCCCAUAGAUGGACAGAAGCUUCUGGACUGUCUCAUGAAGGCGAAUUUCACCGGCGUAGCUGGAGACAUGAUCGUGUUUGAUGAAAAUGGAGAUUCCCCUGGAAGGUAUGAGAUCAUGAAUUUUAAGAAGAUGGGAAAAGAUUACUUUGAUUACAUCAACGUUGGAAGCUGGGACAAUGGAGAACUGAAGAUGGACGAUGAUGAGAUCUGGUCAAAUAAGAAUUCUGUCAUCAGAUCCGUCUGCAGCGAACCCUGCGCAAAAGGAGAAAUAAAGGUGAUCCGUAAAGGAGAGGUGAGCUGCUGCUGGACCUGCACCCCGUGUAAGGACAAUGAGAUUGUGUUCGAUGAAUACACCUGUAAAGCUUGUGAGCUGGGCUCCUGGCCUACGGACGAUCUCACAGGAUGUGACCAGAUCCCUGUAGAAUUCCUCCGGUGGAGUGACCCUGAGCCAAUAGCAGCUGUAGUCUUUGCAUGUCUUGGACUACUUGCCACCAUGUUCGUCACAGCAAUAUUCAUUCUGUACCGAGACACCCCUGUAGUGAAGUCAUCGAGCAGAGAACUGUGCUACAUCAUUCUGGCCGGCAUCUGCCUAGGCUACCUUUGCACUUUCUGUCUUAUUGCAAAACCUCAACGGAUUUACUGUUACCUGCAAAGAAUCGGUAUAGGCCUUUCCCCUGCUAUGAGCUAUUCGGCUCUUGUGACCAAAACCAACCGCAUAGCCCGAAUCUUGGCCGGUAGUAAGAAGAAAAUCUGUACCAAGAAGCCGAGGUUCAUGAGUGCCUGCGCUCAACUGGUCAUCGCUUUCAUCCUGAUCUGCAUCCAGUUAGGAAUCAUUAUUGCUCUGUUUAUCAUGGAGCCUCCGGAUACCAUGUUCGAUUACCCGAGCAUUCGAGAAGUCUACUUGAUAUGCAACACCAACAAUGUUGGUGUGGUGACUCCCCUUGGCUACAAUGGGUUGUUAAUCUUGAGUUGUACCUUUUACGCUUUCAAGACUCGAAAUGUGCCAGCCAACUUUAAUGAGGCAAAAUACAUCGCCUUCACCAUGUACACCACCUGCAUCAUAUGGUUAGCCUUCGUGCCAAUAUAUUUUGGUAGCAACUACAAAAUUAUCACCAUGUGCUUCUCAGUAAGCUUGAGUGCCACGGUAGCGCUCGGUUGUAUGUUUGUGCCUAAGGUGUAUAUCAUCCUUGCAAAACCAGAACGAAAUGUCCGCAGUGCAUUCACUACCUCCACUGUAGUCCGGAUGCAUGUUGGGGAUGGAAAGUCGUCUUCAGCUGCCAGUCGGUCUAGCAGCCUGGUCAAUUUAUGGAAAAGGAGAGGUUCUUCAGGAGAAACACUAAGCAUUUCAUUUACUCCUGGGCCUACUCACUCCUAUUGUCAGCAACCAAUCGGAAUCUCUAAUGGGAAAUCCGUUACUUGGGCACAAAACGAGAAGAGCAAUCGGGGUCACCAUUUAUGGCAGCGGCUCUCUGUCCAUGUCAAGAAAAAGGAUAGUACCAACCAGACGGCUGUGAUAAAGCCCUUCUCUAAGAGCAGCACAGAAAACAGAUAUAUUAGCACUUCCUUUCCCGACUCCAGUGCCAAAAUGCUGUACGAUGUUUCCGAAGUUGAGGAGCAUUAUCCAGUGCAGUACCGACCGCAGACUCCUUCUCCUAUCAGCACUGUAAGUCAGAGAGCUGCUUCUGUUACCCGGACAGAUGACGACAUCCCAUCUUUUCAUUCGGAUACUGCCCAACGGAGCGGUUCUUCUCAAGGUUCCUUGAUGGACCAAAUCAGCAAUGUUGUGACCCGAUUCACCGCCAAUAUCAGUGAGCUAAACUCCAUGAUGCUUUCUUCCAACACGCAAGGAACAUUGGUGCCCAACCCUUUAUGUUCUUCCUACCUGAUUCCACGGGAGAUCCAACUUCCCACCGCUAUGACCACCUUUGCAGAGAUCCAGCCAGCCCCGGCCAUUGAAUUUAACGGUGGGUCAGUUUCUGCCAGAAAGUCCUCUUCAGACAGCGUCAAAGAUAGCACUUCAGAAGCACCAGUAGUAAAGCAAGAUGUUGAGGAGUUGGUGGCUUUAACACCUCCUUCUCCUUUUAGAGACUCUAUUGACUCAGAAAGCACUUCCCCUAGCUCCCCAGUUUCAGAAUCAGCUCUUUGUACCCCAUCUUCACCUAAGUAUGAGAACAUGAUCUUGAGAGACUACUCUCAAAGUUCUUCCUCGUUGUGAAUGUAAAUUAUACUAGUCGGAUAUCAAAAAUCGGCAGUAUGUAUACAUGAUAGGGGGAGGGUUUCACAGACCUUGUUUGCACAGGCAGCUGGUGCUCCUUAAAGGCAGUACCAGAUUAAAGGUCCCAUCUUCCCAUGCAGAGCAGUUUUGUUAGAGUGGCCUUAAAAAGUGGUUUUUAAGAAACACUUGAGGACACAUGAGGGCUGGUAAGGAGUUGAACGUAGGGUGUAGGAGGGUAUUACAAGUGCUUUGAUGUAAUGUUAGAGUUGGCUGUUUUAAAAAAAAAAAAUAUUUAAACAGAGUGGAUUGUAUCAGCUGUAAAAUAUAUUGUCUUGUUUUGCUUUUGAUUCUCUUCCCAGAAGUGAACCUUGAUCUUUUAUCGAGAUUGGAAGACCAAACAUGAAUGUACAUUUUCUUAAAGACUCAAAAAUCUGGGACCAAAAUGGCAGGCAGUUUUGUAUGAAGAAACUAUAACACAAAAAAAUAUCACGUCAAACAAACAAACUUACAGAGCAUCUCGAUCCGUAUGGAAUGUUUGAUACCUGUCACGAAUAGAUGACUCUUUGCAACCGAUGACUAUGUACAAUGUAGGGCACAACGAGCAACAUGUCAAUGAAGUUUUCUUUUUUUUUCUUUUUGUAAAUAUUCUUCAUUCAUUAACCUUUCAUUAGGUUAAAAAAAAAACAUCGGACUGGAAUUUAUUAACAAUGAAUUAUAUUGUCUUUUUUCACCGUGUUGCCGACAAUACUAAAGUAGCAAAAAAAAAUAUUUUUUUGGAGUACUGUUUUGUAUUUUCCCUCCUAAGGGGCGAGUUGUUUUGGUGAAUAUAAUAUUUAUAGCAGAAUUGUUUAAUUAUGGUGUUCUUGCAUCCCUACGUGUCAAAUGCUUUUUUUUUUCUAAUGAUUUUUUUAUUGACAAAAGAAUAUUUGUGUUUUUUUCAUUGCUUUUUGCAUGUUAAAAAAAAUGGGAAAAAAACAAAACAAAAACAAACUCAGUGCUACUCGAAUAAACAGAAAAAAAAUGACAUGUUAUUGGCAAAGCUUUUAAUACAUUGUGUCAAAGCCUUGAAUACAUUUACUAUAAUAACCAUAAAGCCAUGGUUUUAUGUGGCUUGGCUAUUUGUAUAUUAUUUUAACCUUGAACUGUGACGAAUUUGGA